CCGCGGUCGUUCGUCCGUGAACAAGUCGAGUUCCAAAGAACUGCAAACCGUGGGAUUGGAAUAAUGACGGGUCUAGCGAGAAGCACGCUUCUUCCUGCCCUUCUCACGUCGGUUACGAGGAAAUGAAUGACUCGUCUCCCAUGGGAUGUUUUCCUUCGGCCGAUUGCCAUUUCCUCGGCCCACCCACGGCGCGACGUCAUCCGAGCAUCAAGCCGUUGCAUCAUCACGCAUCUACGCGUGAAUUUUCGUCCGACGUUUCUCCUUUCUCGUUGAAGUAUCGCCUCCAUUCUACGUCGUGUCAAUUACCAGAAACAACCUGCUGCGUUUCAUCUUCAAGCAACUUUACGGCGUGAUAAAAAUGACGAUAUUAACGAUCUUCGAAAAAGCGUGAUAAUUAACGGCGUAUGUGGGUCAGGCUAGAAGGUAUCGACGGUCCCGACGUAACCGCGAUAUGGUGGUCAUCGGAAGAUUUCUGUCCGAGAAACAAGAGUGAAUCGAACGGUAUUUUAAGCAUUUUGUUUCCGCUGGCUUUCGAUCUGUCCCUCCCAGCGAUGACAUUGUCGAAUCCUACAGACUCGACUUGAGACGAACGAGAAGAGAAGCAGAGUUAAAUCAUCGUUAUCAAAGCGAAGAUAAGAAAUCAAUUUAACGUUGGAACUACUAAAUUGGGCAUCGCUGAAUUGGCGUCUUUAAUCAUUUUUCAAAGCAGCUGUACCCUUUCAGUAAUUGUAAAAGAAAUUAGGAAUGGACAAUUAUGCACUCACCUGGUAUCUAAUGAAGUACAUUAACGAUGUGACGAAAAUGCGUUUUAUCGCACGAGAGGAAACGAUAAAUAACAGAUCGUCAUCGAGUGCCGUGUCCGCAAAAAGGAACAGGAAAGAAAGGUUUCCGAUCGAAGAGACACGUUAGACGCGGUUCUUUUUCUCGCCGGAUGAUUACCAUCGGAGAACAUACAGAGAUACUGCACGAUCUAGAAUUAUGAUAAUCGUGUUGUAUAAACCGGUCUGUUUUAUUUGUGGCAUCAGAUAAACGCUGAAAGCAAACGCUUGACUCGCAACCGCGUCUGGACAGUUUGAACUGGUGGACGUAAAGGAGCACAAGCACAUGUAUCAAUGCAAACAUUUGAAACGCCUAAUGUAUAGUUAACAUACUGUUAAUAAUACAUUACUGACAAACUUUACUAUUAAAAAAGCAUCGUUGUAUAACAUCAUUCCAACGACUAAAAAUAGGAAUAACUGCAACAAGUGUCUGCAAUCAGCAUUACAACUAAUUUUUCCUAAACUUAUACUAAACUUCUUCAGUUCAAAAUUCUAUAUAAGUUUAGUAUAAUUCCUAUAAACUUAUAUAGCCGCGAGUAUAAAAUUUUCAUUGAUACUUUAACUUACUGUCGAACACUGUCAAAUUCGGCUGACAUUAUUUUUUUCCAGAAACUUGGACAAAUUUUUCUGAUGUAUCGAACAAACCGAAUUUUGUUGGAUAUAUAAGAUAAGAAAAAUAGUGAAGCAACCAUUAAAAAAAUAGUUUCAAGUACAUGAGGGUUUUGAUUCCGUAGCAGAAAGCAUUAAAGCACCUGUAUCCCCAUAUCUGCAAAAGAAGAAAUCAAGAAUGAGUUUCGUUGUUUGUUAGACUUCCAGUAUUCCAAAUAACAGUGUAACUACCGUAAUUAAGAUACUCCGACCUCGAAGAUCCUUCCAGGAAAUCGAGGCUCCUCCGAGUGCAACCGAGUGCAUCGAAAAGCCCUGCGGAUCGUCCGACUCGCGCACCGAUUGACCCUGCUGGAAGAAGACAAUAGGAGGGGUGAUCCACGGAGCACGCUCCUCCUCAUCCUCCCGGUGCCAUCAGCAUUGCGGCGGCCCUGCAACCGAACCUCCGGAGCGAACGUUAUAUAAUUGUGGCAGAUUACUUCCACCGUUGGUCACAUGCAUGCUGCCGCACUCCGGCCGUGUGCUUAGUAACGCUCCCAGUGGACAUUUGGCCGCGGAACGACCUGAGCGUCGCACGCCGACGAUGGAAGCGCAACGAGGAGGAAACGCAUCCACCGGUGCUUGGGACUCCAUGUGGACCCGGUUCAAGGAGAUUCUGCUCGAUUUCCAUCUCCACUCGGACCGUAUAUUUUACUGCAUUGGAUUGAGCAUAGGAAAGAGACCCUGGCUAUGGCUGCUGGUGUCCUUCUGCGUGAACUGCCUCUGCGCGCCCGGGAUGCUGCUCUGGCGAGAGGAGAUCGACGAGGUCGAGCUAUUCGUGCCCGAGGACUCCGUCAUCCGCACCGACGCUGCCUGGGUGAAGACGCACUUCCGGGACGAGUUCCUCUACGAGAGCAUCAUCGUGACCGCCCCCAACAUCUUCGAGCCGGAAGUGCUGUAUUCGAUCAGUAAAAUCGAGCAGGACGUGAAGAGGUUGAAGGUGAAGAACAGCACCUGGGAGGACGUGUGCGCCGGAUACCUGACCUGGUUCAAUAAGAAUGACACCACGGAUAUCUUCAAGGACUUCGACAUUCCCGAGGACAUCCUCGCCCAGCUGGGCAAGGAGGCGUUCGAAGACGGUUGCAUUUACCAGUCGAUCGUGCAACUGUGGGAGACCAGCUUCCCAAAGAAUAUUCGCACGCUGACAAAGAAGGAGAUCUUGGAGGACGUCAAUAAAGCGUUAAAGCAAAGGGUCAACAGUAACGUGUUGCUGGAGGUUGGCCCUUUACUCUCGGGGAUUUCCUACGACAAGAAGGGCCGGGUACGGGGCGCGAAGGCGACCAUUUUGAAUUGGUUACUGAAGAAGUCGAACCCGAACUCGGAGGAGUGGGAGUUGGCGUUCAUAGACCGCGCACUCCAGAGGAACGUGACGUUGCCGCCGGGGAUGGAGAUUUACGCGAUAGCCUCGCGAAGUUACAUAGACACCCUGCACCAGAUACUGAACAGCAAUCUGACAGUACUGUGCUGCGGGAUAUCAUUGAUCGCAGUUUACGUGAUGGCGAUGAUCGGUAAAUGUAACGCGCUGGAGCAACGAAUUUAUUUGUCAGUAAUGGGUGUCUCUGUGAUUGGCCAGGCAAUCCUAUCUUCAUACGGGUUGUGCUACUACUUGGGAUACUCAUACGGGCCGAUACAUUCCAUUCUACCGUUUCUGUUGCUCGGUAUAGGCGUCGAUAACAUGUUCGUGAUCAUGCAGAGCCUGACGAAUCUGUCGGAAACUGAUCAGGCGCUCGAACUUCCGGUUCGAUUCGCCAAAGCGAUGCAACAGUCGGGCAUGUCCAUCACGGUAACUUCCUUCACGAACGUGAUCGCUUUCGCCUUCGGCGUGACGACGGUGAUGCCGUGUCUGAGAUCCUUCUACGCGUUCGCCACGCUGGGCAUCCUUUUCUUGUAUAUCUACGAAAUGACCUUCUUCAUGAGCUGCCUGGUGUACGACGAGAAGAGAUUAGAAGCCAGGAAGGACGGUUGCUUCUGUCGUCCCAGGUUAAAUUGGAAGCCGAACGAGUGCAGCCAGAGGAACACUCAGCAAAUCCUCUUUGAAAACUACAUCGGGCCCUGGGUCGUGAAAAACUCGGUGAGGACGAUCGUGCUGGUGAUCACUGGCGGCCUCCUGUGCAUCAACACGUGGGCCAUCUUCCACGUGAACCAAAACUUCGAUCCCCUUUGGUACCUGAACCAAGAUUCCUAUCCCAUCAAGUUCAACAACAAGCUAAAGGAAUACUUUCCUAAGUAUGGGAAGCGCGCCGGUAUUUAUAUGACCGGCGUGGACUACUAUGAGGAUCGUGACUCCCUCUUCAGAUUAGUGGAAGGUCUGAAAGCAAAUCAGUUCAUUAAUAACGGCACCCUUGAACCGUGGUUCAUUGCCUAUGAGAAAUGGCUCAACGCUACUAACAAAGGUGAUAUUGAAAGCAGUGAAGAAUAUUAUAAUGUUCUUACUGAAUACUUACUCCUGACUAAGGAAGGUCAAGCAUACAUUAAGGAUAUAAAGUUUAGUAGCUUGCCAGCUGGAGAGUAUAAUAUAACGACGUCACAAAUACCAAUACAACAUGUACUUCUUAAUACAACUGCAGAACAAAUACAAGCGAUCCAGUCUUUACGACAAACUGUUCACGAUACUAAUUUCUCUCAGGGACAUGACCAUAUUGCCAUAUUUUCGCCGGAUUAUGUCUCUUGGGUGGCCAACAAGGUGAUAGGAGAAGAACUGGUUAGAAACUUGUGCCUUGAAAUAGUUACCAUUGGAGUAGUGAUAGUGAUAUUUCUCAGAGACUUGAAAACGUCCUUUUGGGUCCUUUGUUGCGUCUUUUUCACACUCAUUGAUUUAUUAGGUGCCAUGUACUUUUUAAAUUUGACUAUCGAAAUGUCUUCAAGUAUUAUGAUAUUAUUGUGCGCGGGAUUAGCAGUUGAUUACGCGGCACAUAUUGGUCUAGAAUUUAUUCGCACAAAGGGUAGUAAAAAAGAACGCUCAAUUGCAACACUUUCCAUAAUUGGACCAGCUGUGUUCAAUGGAGGUUUGAGCACAUUCUUAGCAUUUGUUUUGCUGGGUUCCAGUGAAGCUUAUAUAUUUUCUACCUUCUUUAAGUUAUUUACGUGUGUAGUAAUGUUUGGUCUGUUUCAUGGACUAUUAUUCUUGCCAGUAAUCUUAAGCUUAUUAGGUCCCGAUGAAAGAAUAACUAAAGUAACAAAGGAGAAUGUUUUACAAGAACACAAUGGUUACUGUACUGUUCCUUUAUCUCAAAAUAAGAAAGAUUCAGGGAACAGAACUGCCAAAUAAAAUUUGACAGUGUCUAAAAGACUGCUUAGAUAAGUAUCUUUGUUACUAAAUCUUAGAAUAUAAACUGCAUUUACAAUGCGUAUGUACUGUAAAACAAUAGUUUGUAUAUUCUUUUAUAUAAAACAAAUACAAGAA